AUCAUUGGUAUCCAGACCCAAUGAAUUAUCUGAUUUUUGACUCAUUGUAGCGGCGGAAGACACCUCGACGUGAACAAAGUUGCUUGAAUCUUGCUGAGGGAAUCAAUCUUAUAAAUUACUGAUUGCCCGCGUUGCACACGUGAUUUGAUGCGCUAGGAUUGAGCUUAGCAUCCUUGUUACGUUCAACGACUUCUUUCGAGCUUUCCCCAUCAACAAUUGCUGCUUUUCAACUCUCUUUGUGGCCAUCUCUCCCUGUUACCAUCAUGCCACCUUUCUCACGCUUCGCGCUACGAACCGCGCGAACCUUGCCUCUCUCUGCUUCUGCUCGUCCGUAUAUUCCUUCACAUUCAAAACUUCUGCUUUUAAGAUCGUACGCAUCGGAGGCAUCAGAGAAAGACCUGGUCAUUAUAGGCGGAGGAGUUGCGGGCUAUGUCGCCGCAAUUAAAGCCGGCCAGUCCGGCCUCAGCGUUGCGUGCAUAGAGAAACGCGGAUCACUUGGCGGAACAUGUCUGAACGUUGGCUGUAUACCGUCGAAAUCUCUUCUCAACAAUUCGCAUCUAUAUCACCAGAUUGUUCACGACACUAAGAACCGUGGGAUCGAGGUUGAAGGUGUCAAGGUCAACCUGGAACAGAUGAUGAAGGCCAAAGAAACAUCGGUCUCAGGCCUGACUAAGGGCAUCGAAUUCUUAUUCAAGAAGAACAACGUGGAGUACAUCAAAGGCACAGGUUCUUUCGCAGAUGAGCACACCGUGAACGUCAGCUUGAAUGAUGGUGGCGAAACCAGCCUAAGAGGCAAGAACAUCAUCAUUGCUACUGGGUCUGAAGCCACUCCCUUUCCGGGCCUUACGAUCGAUGAGAAAAGAAUCAUUACGAGUACAGGCGCUAUCGCGCUAACAGAGGUGCCAAAGAAAAUGGUUGUUAUUGGUGGUGGCAUCAUUGGUCUUGAAAUGGCCUCUGUCUGGUCACGCCUUGGCGCGGAAGUCACAGUUGUUGAAUAUCUCGGCCAAAUUGGCGGCCCAGGCAUGGAUUCUGAAAUUGCCAAACAAGCACAGAAACUUCUUACCAAGCAAGGCAUCAAAUUCAAACUGAACACAAAGGUCACGAAGGGAGAUGUCAACGCUGAUACUAUUAAAGUCAAUAUAGAGGCGGCUAAGGGUGGAAAAGAGGAGGCCCUUGAUGCUGAUGUCGUUCUUGUCGCCAUUGGUCGAAGACCAUAUUCAGCCGGCCUUGGUCAUGAGAAGAUCGGUCUCGAAGUCGACGAGCGUGGCCGAUUUAUCAUCGAUCAGGAAUUCCGAACUAAACAUCCACAUAUUAGAGUCAUUGGCGACUGCACCUUUGGUCCCAUGCUUGCGCACAAAGCAGAAGAAGAAGCGGUUGCCGCUGUAGAAUUCAUCACAAAAGGCUAUGGACACGUCAAUUAUGGCGCCAUUCCGUCUGUUAUGUACACACAUCCUGAAGUUGCUUGGGUUGGACAGAACGAACAGGAGCUUAAAGCAGCAGGUGUAAAAUACAAUGUCGGCACAUUUCCAUUCUCAGCCAACUCUCGUGCGAAGACGAACCUGGAUUCAGAUGGCAUGGUGAAAUUCCUCUCAGAUAAGGAGACAGACAGAAUACUAGGUAUUCACAUUAUUGGACCGAAUGCUGGUGAGAUGAUCGCGGAAGGUACCUUGGCACUGGAAUAUGGCGCGAGCUCCGAAGAUGUCGCAAGGACAUCGCAUGCGCAUCCAACAUUGGCAGAGGCCUUCAAGGAAGCGGCAAUGGCAACUUACUCCAAGGCUAUCCACUACUGAGCCUGAUGAGAUUAUCAGCCUAAGCCUGCGCCGUUCUGUUCGAUGAGAUGAGCGCCGCGGUGAUCUAAAUCUUUGUCAUUAGUUUAUCUUGUACAUUAUCGGUACGUGUGAAUUUUAAGGGCUGCAGCGCUGUUGAAAAUGAGAUAGAGGGAAUCGAUUCAAGCAUGAUAAGCUCUCAAUUCUCUGCUCCUUCAUCUUGAGCCAAUUCGUUGUUCGGCUUUGCGUGAGAUUCUACCUCAAUUUGUCCAAAAAUACAAACAAUUUCUAUCUUCUUGA